AUGGAGACCAAAGCACCAUCAACUAAUAAAGAAUUGCAAUCUUUAUUAGGGAAGAUAAAUUUCCCAAGGAGAUUUAUUUCAAAUUUAAGUGGUCGAAUUCAAGCCUUCUCCCCUCUUUUGUGUCUGAAACAUGGAAGUUUCGAAUGGACAAAUGAACACCAAGAGGCAUUCGAAAAAAUAAAGCAGUAUCUAAUGAAUCUGCCUAUCUUUUCACCACCAAGUGGAAAGAAGCCUAUGAGACUGUAUAUAUCAGCAUCCGACACUACUAUAGGUAGCAUGUUAGCACAAGAAGAUGAAAAUGGCAUUGAGAGGGCCAUAUAUUAUCUAUGUAGGGUAUUAAAUGAUACAGAAAAUAGAUACACUUCAAUAGAAAAAUUGUGUCUAUGUUUGCAUUUUUCAUGUACUAAACUCAAAUAUUAUAUAAAGCCAAUAGAUUUGUAUGUAUCUUCACAUUUUGAUGUUAUCAAGUACAUGUUAUCAAAGCCAAUAAUUCAUAGUCGAAUUGGCAAGUGGGUUCUAGCCUUAACUGAGUACUCUUUGGCCUUUAUGCCUUUAAAAGCUAUGAAGGGGCAACUGUGGAGAUUGUUCUUCGAUGGUUCCACCCAUAAAGAUGGUAGGGGAGUUGGGAUUCUACUAAUUUCUCCUGAUAGAAUUCCAACAAAACUCAAGUAUAGAAUCGAAGGUCCCUUGUGCUCAAACAAUGAGGCGGAAUAUGAAGCCUUAAUAGCAGGACUUGAAGCCAUGUUGGAAUUGGGGGCAACUAUGGUCGAAAUUAAAGGUGAUUCAAAAUUGGUAAUCAAACAACUGGCGAAGGAAUAUAAGUGUAUCGAGGAGAACUUGAUCAUGUAUUUCGUCAUUGCAAAUAGGUUGCUUAAAAUAUUUGAAUAUGUAGACAUAAAGCAUGUCCCCGGAAUUAAAAAUCAAGAGGCUAAUGAUUUAGCACAAAUAGCUUCAGGAUAUAAAAUCUCAAGGGAGAAGCUAGAGGAAUUGGUUGAAGUAAGAGGAAAAGUAAUGACAACCAAAUUGUCUCCAAGUGAUUUGGAAAGAAAUCGUUUAGGUUAUGCUAACGAAGAGGAAUUCGAAGUGUUGGCUAUUGAUACUUUAACAAGCACAGAUUGGAGAACUCCAAUUAUAGAGUAUCUUAAAGAUCCUUCAGUGAACACAGAUAGAAAAACCAAGUAUAGAGCCUUGUCUUACAUGUUGAUGGGAUUCAAGUUGUUAACAUCCACACCCUACUAUGCUCAAGCAAAUGGACAAGUCGAAGCAUAA